GCCAAAUCGGUGUUGUGGCCAGAAGCUGCUAAAAUGGCGGUGGCCCCCGUCUUGACUCUGAACCAACCACGUGGGAAAAAUAAGUCAAGUUCAAAGUCUCCCUUUUUUUUUUUUUUUCUUUUCGAACCGGAGUCUACGACUUCUGCAGCUCUAAUCCGAGGGAGAUUAUUGCAACGAAUCUGGACACACUCUUACAAGGGCAGGAACUGAAAGAUGGGUAUCACUUGGAUUCAGCGUUCGGAACUUUCAGGCUGGGCUUCUUCACCGGUCCAGAUUCCCACCGCUACCUCGGAAUCUGGUACAACAUUCCCAACUCUCAGCAGUACCGCCUCCGCGGCUUCCCUCCCAACUUUGACUCCUCCCCCAACGGAGACGAGGGGCCAGCACCCGUCUGGGUCGGAAACGUGAACGUCCCAAUCAUUAGUAGAACAGGGGUUCUCACUGUAGCAAGUGACGGGAACUUGAAGAUCGGAAAUGGAAGAGGUGAGGAGAUUGUUUCCCUGGCCGCCGCCACCGGAAUUUCAGGAAAGACGAGCGCUGUGUUGCUUGAUUCCGGCAAUUUUGUGCUUCGGGAGCUGAAUCGAGAUGGGUCGGUGAAGCGGGAACUGUGGCAGAGCUUCGAUUACCCAACGGAUACCCUUCUGCCAGGGAUGAAAUUGGGCGCCAAUUUGCGAACUGGGCAGGUUUGGUCUCUGAAACCAUGGCCGUUAGAGACCAAUUUCACUUUUGGGUUGAACCCAAACGGGACGAUCAAGAACCAAUUGGCGAUACUGUGGAACGGACGGGUGUAUUGGAGAAGUGGGGUGGGGCUGAAUCCGGUAUUCUGGGAUUAUAACUUCAGGUAUGUCUCAAGUAAUAAUGGAGAAGACAGGUACAUGGUUUACAAAGCGAGGGAUGGUAUUGCUUAUCCUAGGAUCACCAUUACUAGCCCUGGCAUUCUUAGUGGUCAUGAUCGCACCGCAUUCGUGGGGUGUGACUGGAAAUUUGAGAACGGUGGUGGAUGUUUUGCUGGUGAUGAUACGCCCAUUUGCGGUACUCCCGGUACAAGGAUGUGGCCGUCCAGCUACGACUAUCCGGCAGUACAAGCCUACAAAGAAUGGCCGGACAGCCAUGGCAGAGUGGGUGGUCAAUGUCGGCAGAACUGCACCGAAGACUGCACUUGCUUAGUUUAUGCCAAGCAGAAUCGGGAUGGGUCUGGGUGCCAGAUGAGAAUGAUAGUGAACUACUCAUUGCCUGAUUCCACAGGUGGAAGGGCGCGACAACGGCAGCUUUGGUUAAUCAUAUCAGGAGUAAUUACAUCCACAGUCUUGUUUAUCUUCUUGUUAGUGUACCUGAGCUGGAAACGGAGAAAUCAUUUAGCUGUGGUCAUAAGCCUUGCAUUGAGAAGUACCGUCCGUGAACUCUGGAAGCGUUGUCGAUCUUUGUUGGUGAUAUGCAAGGAAUUUGUCCUGCUUCUGCUAUCUAAGAAAACUGCAGAUUCGGAACAAGUGAUAUUACUACAUGAGCUAGGGGUGGUGGGUGAUGCAAACUUUGAUCUUAAUGGCCAGGGAAAUGUAAAUAAUGAUUUUCAUUUAUUCAGUUUCAAGCACAUAGCUUCUGCCACAAGCAACUUCAACCCUUCUAAUAAGCUUGGGCAGGGUGGUUUUGGACCCGUUUACAAGGGGAAGCUACCAAGUGGGCUAGAAGUAGCUAUAAAGAGACUCUCAACAAGUUCAAGGCAAGGGCUAAUUGAAUUCAAGAAUGAAGUAAGACUGAUUGCUAAACUGCAGCACGACAAUCUGGUCAGGCUAGUUGGGUGCUGCAUCGAGAAUGGAGAGAAGAUCCUGGUCUAUGAAUAUCUGCCCAACAAAAGCCUUGAUUUCUCACUCUUCGCUCCCAGGGACCAAAAUGCACUGGAUUGGAAGAAAAGGUUAGACAUUAUUCAAGGGAUAGCUCAAGGACUUCUUUACCUCCACAAAUAUUCGAGGCUGAAGAUUGUCCACAGAGAUCUGAAGGCUAGCAACAUCUUGCUCGACAGUGAGAUGAACCCGAAAAUAUCGGAUUUCGGGUUGGCCAAGAUAUUCCAUCCCAACGAAUCGAGAGCAAUCACUGCACGAGUUGCUGGAACUUUUGGCUACAUGUCUCCUGAGUAUGCUAUGGAGGGAGUUUUCUCUACCAAGUCAGAUGUGUUCAGCUUUGGAGUUCUGUUGCUGGAAAUCGUGAGCGGCAAGAGGAACAAUCACUUCCACGAUGAAGAAGGCCCCAGCAGUCUUCUGGCAUGGGCUUGGGAGCUAUGGAGAGAAGGAAGAGGAUUAGAACUGGUGGAUCCAGCCAUGGACGACGGCAUGUGCCAGAAUGAAGCAGUGAAGUGCAUUCAGAUUGGUCUGCUAUGCACGCAAGAGAAUCCAAGGGAUAGACCCUCCAUGUUGGAAGUCGCCUCCAUGAUCUACAACAAUGAUUCAUCCCAGUUGCCGUCCCCAAAUCGGCCAGCAUUUUAUUACAGAUUGCAGGAGGCUACUGAGAUUAUUGAAGAGCAGGAGGAGAAUUGGACAGUGAACCAGGUUACCAUCACCGAAAUGAACGCCAGGUGAUCGUGCAUCUCGUGGAGCCUUUUAGGACUAGAAAAAAGCUUUUUUCGACUGUAUAAUUGUCAGCAAAAGGAACAACAUUGUCGCCAGCCUUGUAGCCUACGCCUUGGUUGCUCUCAAGAACUUGUUGUUGGUCAUGAAGCUCUCUCUAUAUAUGCUGAGAUUUUUAUUAAUAGGAAACAGUUAUUCGAGAACGGGGAAUUCGGUGCUGCAUUUUCUGGCAGUGAUAUGGGUGCUAUUCACGGUUAAGAUGGAAAUGGAAUUACACUGAAUAGAAGGAACAUUAACUGAUUAAGAAG